GGCUGCCGUAGUUCGCGUUUCCACCUGGUCGCCCGGCGGCUAUGGCGGCUGUUCCGAAGCCGGUGCUGCUAGGACUUCGAGAUGCGCCAGUGCACGGCAGCCCCACAGGGCCGGACGCCUGGACUGCUAGCAAGCUGGGCGGCAUUCCGGAUGCUCUGCCCACCGUGGCUGCGCCCAGGCCCGUGUGUCAGCGCUGUGGGAAGCGGCUCGCCCUGGUCGUGCAGGUGUACUGCCCGCUGGAAGGCUCCUCGUUUCACCGGCUGCUGCACGUGUUCGCGUGCGCCUACCCCGGCUGCAGCACCGGCGGUGCGCGCAGCUGGAAGGUGUUCCGCUCCCAGUGCCUGCAGGUGCCAGAGAGAGAGACUCAAGACGCUCAGAAACAGGAAAACAGCCUUGCAGCUGAGGACUGGUGUGAAGGUGCAGAUGACUGGGGAAGUGACACUGAGGAGCUGCCUUUACCGCAGCUUACCUUGGAUUCUAGGAAUGAUGCCAACAGUGCCAAAGACAUAGACUGGACUGCUCGGCUGCAAGACCUCCACCUGCAGGAUGCUGUCCUGGGUGCUGCCCCUCCUGCGCCUCCUGGGAUGCCACCAUUCCUGCCCUACUACAUCUGUGUUGCAGACGAGGAUGAUUACAGGGACUUUGUCAACCUGGAUCAUGCCCACAGCCUUCUGAGGGACUAUCAGCAGAGAGAAGGAAUUGCCAUGGAUCAGUUGCUUUCCCAAAGCCUUUCUAAUGAUGGUGAUGAGAAAUAUGAGAAGACUAUAAUUAAAAGUGGAGAUCAGACGUUUUACAAAUUCAUGAAGCGAAUUGCUGCUUGUCAGGAGCAGAUUUUAAGGUAUUCAUGGAGUGGAGAGCCACUGUUUUUGACCUGCCCUGCAUCAGAAGUCACCGAGCUCCCCGCCUGCAGCCAGUGUGGAGGCCAAAGGAUAUUUGAGUUUCAGCUUAUGCCAGCACUGGUCAGCAUGCUCAAGAGUGCUAAUUUAGGUCUUUCUGUGGAAUUUGGAACAAUUCUAGUUUAUACAUGUGAGAAGAGUUGCUGGCCCCAAAAUCAUCAGACCCCCAUCGAAGAAUUUUGUAUUAUACAAGAAGACCCAGAUGAAUUAUUGUUUAAGUAGACCAUUUCCUUUUAUCAAUGUAAAUUAAAACAAAUUUUUAUGUCCAAA